AUGCCACAAGAUAAUCACUACGUGCCCGUGUUUCGGUCUGCCUUGCUGCGAAAGAACGACUCACAGUUCGAGAGAAUGACAAUCAACUUGACUCAACUAUGCGCCGGUAGCGUUGAAAGGACUUUCCGCAUUGAGCUGUUUCAAUUCAAUUCAAUGGGUAGAAGUAAACUCCUCGGCUUUGUCCGCACCUGCGUGCAAGAAUUAGUAGCCACGGCAGUCGUUACCAAGAUGAAGUGGAAUUCCGGUAGCAAUGGAUUUGAUCAUGCUACAGUGUUAGUGGCACCGCGAGUGGACUUGGAGAAGGGGUAUCUAAUUACUAUGAAAGAAUAAGUUGACACAAGA